AAAUAUCUUAUUAUGUACUUAUAUGCAAAUACAGAUAUUCCAAAAAUCCAAAUAAAUAAAUCUGAGUGCCUCAAACAUUUCUGUUAAAAGAGACUCAACAUGUUAUAGAAUUAGACAGUAUGAGUGAGGGUCCUCCCUUAUGGUCUACAAUAUUCCCAAGGCUGUUUCUGUUCUUCUCAGAUGCCCUCUUAUUCUUCUCCGAUUUUCUCAGAUGUCCUUGCCACAAUAGCGAAUCUAAAUCAGCACCUUAAAUAACUUAUCUGGCUUUAUAGAAUGGAGAUCUUAUAAUUAGGGAUGUAGACCUGAGUUCUUGACUCAGACUUAGUUCAGAUUCAAGUCCCUUCAAUGACUUGACUUGGACUUGACUCCACAUAAGUGAUGCAUUGACUCAACUUGACCUGUGACUUGUAUUUUUUUAAUUACCAACUUUAUGUUCCUGGGUUUGGAAGCUGUCUACCUGGCAGCCUGUGUUCACUGCAGAUAGGAUGAUAGGAUGAUAGUCUGGAUCCUUCUAAAGUUCAUUUUUCCUAGUAGCAGCACCAGUCAGUACUUGCCCCCGGAAAUCAGAGGGGGAAAAAAACAACAAUGUGGCCUAUCAGCAACAAGUUGAGGUCAACUUGGCAGCCUGUCUCUGCUGCAUAUGAGAGGAUUCUUGAAAACUAGCUUUAGAAGGAUCAUCCUUCUGCCUCAAGCAGCCCCUUGCCUAAACCAUUUGUGCUCCUUUUCCCUCUGAGAAACUAACACGCCCUGAGCUCCGGAGGCAAGUCUUGUCUGCUACUACUCCUAGGAAAAAAGAACUUUAGAAAAAUCCAGACUAUCCUCCUCCUCCUAUCCUCAAACUUUGUGCAUGUCUUUUAGAUUUUCUAGUUAUUGAAACUCCACCUAUGCACACACAUCACCUUAUGUUAAAGUUGGCUCUCAGACUUGAUAUUCAACUUGAGACUUGACUUGAAAGUUUCUUGCAAAGAUUCGAGACGUGCAGUAAAAGACUUAAAUACAUCAUUGCUUAUAAUGAAGUCUUUUCUUUUGCUUCUUCUGUCUCUGCUUCUUAAUCAGGAUCUCCGAUAUACUAUGCUUACUGUUUUGGCCAUCUAGAUAUUCUGACCCACAAAUUAUUUGGAAGCUCCCACCAACCUCCUCAUGGAUUAAUGCUGAAAUGAACAAAAUGUUUGAUCCUUGAUACAGCUAGAAAAAUGUUUGGGCCCUUGCUAAUUGUACUACUUCAGAUCCAGCUUCAUUUCAUAACAGCUUUAUUCACAGUGGAUGUUCUUCAGCCACGUUAUUCUGCAGAGCAUGGGAGCAACGUGACAAUGGGUUGUCGCUUUCCAGUCCGUGACCCAUUCAAUCUGACUGCUUUAAGUAUCUUAUGGCAAAAAAAGCACUCAGAGGGACAUGACAUAAAAGAAGUUUACAAGCUCAGUAAGGGUCAAGAAAAUCUCAGACAGCAACACACAGAUUAUCGAGGGAGAGCCUCACUUCUGCUUGAAGAAUUAAAAAUGGGAUAUUCCAUGUUACAUAUCAACAAUGUAAAGGUCACAGAUGCAGGAAUAUAUGUUUGUCUUGUUCAUGAUGAAGGAGUCGACUUCAAGUACAUUAAUUUGGACGUUGAAGCUCGCUACAAGAUAAUAAAUUUCCAAGAGAGAAAAGAAGAAGAGGAUCUGAUUUUGACUUGUCAGUCAGAAGGGUACCCUCUUGCUGAAGUUUCUUGGCACAAUGAGAAUGCUAAUCUCAGCACAUCUGCAGUCACUACAUAUCAACUGACAGAUGAUGGACUUUUCAGCAUAACCAGUACCCUGAGAGUCAAAUCUUUCAUUAAUGGAAACUAUAGCUGUGUAUUCUGGAACAGGGAACUGAAUGAAAAAACAUCAGCGCAUGGACCAUCAUUAGAGCAUGGUUUCACAAACCAUUCAGUUAUGAGGACAAAACCAUUCACAAACUGGAGGACCCAAAAAGACAAAAGAAGAAGAACAAACAAGUUAUCAAGGGAAGAGGAUAUGAAUCUUCAGACCAAGAAUUUAAAUGCAUCAACUGUUACAGACUGAGGAAAAGAGCGAAGGCAAGAACCAUUUCAUCUGUCCUACCUGCAGUUUUACACUUUCUAUUUAUUCCCCAUUUUAAAAUGUAUGAGGAAGCAAUUGCACUUUAAGAGGUAAAUAAAACUGAUGCUUCUGCUUUCUGUUAGGGCUGUUGUGUGUUCAGUUUCAACACUGACUUUUCCACUCCACAGAAAAUGUGUCACUGCUCAGCAGUUUUAAGGCACAUCAUGCAUUCUGUGAAAGCAUUUUGAGGUUUUUCACAUGUCUAAGAAAUCUGCAUUUCUAGACAUGUGGAUGAAAUUUAAGCAUUAAACAGCUGUUAUAAUAGCUGACCCAACAUUAUUGUCUUCUUACAUGGAACUGGUCUUGUCAGAAGCUACUUCUGUCAACUGAUGCUGACUGAAGUGUUCAAGAAUAGUUGUCCAUACUACAAUAGGGAUUCUCAAAUUUUAAUCCUCCAGAUGUUUUUGGACUUCAGCUCCUAGAAGCCCCAGUCACCAUGGCCACCUGUUCAGGUUGUUUGAGUCCAUAACAUCUAAAGGACCAAAGGUCAAGAACCACUGUGGUCCAUGGCCUGCCUUGCACCAUUUAAAAUAGAUUGUUGUUCUCCAUUGUAGUGGAUGAUGUUGCUCCACCCCACGCUGUUCUCAUUAGCUUCUGUAUGUGUAAAAAAUUGUAUUUACUCCCUCUACUGUUAAGUGCUUCUACAAAGAACAUAACUGAAGCUCAGUAAUGUGUCAGUAUGUUGCUGGGGUGUGGUGGCCAGAAGUAUCAGCAGGAAACCAGGAAAUUCCCAUUAAUUAUCUCAGAUUAUAUGUUCUUAGGUAAGCCACUACCCGUUCCCACGUCUGCAAUGUGUAAACAAUAAUACUGGUCUAUCAUAGAGAGUCCUUGUAAGAAUUAUAGGGAUGAUCAACCCCCAUUUGUUCACUGAACAGUAGAUGAACUUUGGACAUGAGAAAUUGUCUAAAUAAAUAUGAAGCAUCAUUAGAGCUUUUGCAGCUAUUAGGUUUGCUUCAGAAUCAGAUUUAGAGUGGAAAUUUAUUUAUUUAUUUGUUUAUUUUACUCCAGCGUGAAACCCAAGGCCCUUCUUAUUCAACAAACCUAAGAAGCAAAUCUUGUGCCGAGAAUCCCUUUGAAAUCUGUAGUAUUUGCAUGUAUGAAACAAUGGGAUCAGAAUUGCUAUCAUUCAUCCUAAUCCCUUGGGAUUAAUGUAUUUAUGUGUGUAUGUCUAGAAAUUUUAGUAAAAAAUCAACUCAAAAAACCUGGGUUGACUUAUCCACGGAUCAAUGAAAGUGUUGUGCCUUAACUCUUAUCAAAAAAGGAACCAUCCCCUUUUCUGAGUAGAGUAGAGCAAAAGGCAAGAGCUUAGUCCAUCCUGGGAGAGCCUAAAAGAAGCCUCAACACCCUCUACUCUAUGGUGCUGCUUCUGGCCUUUUUGAAAGUGCGGGUGGGGAAAUGGUGGUGGUGCUUCCCCUCAAAGGAGCACCAGGGAGCACCAAGAAGAAUUGGGCUUUGAAGGAUCCGAAUAAGACAUUUGUGUAUGUUGUUUGUCUUUUCUGUGUUACAGCCAGACUAAAUUAUCACAUUAAAGUUAAAGGCUAUAAUUACUGCUAA